GAACCGGAGGUGGUGGGACAGGCGAAGAGGCUGUGACCGGAGUACUUGGCAAUAAAUACACGGUAGCUGGCGUUGCACGUCUAGCAGGACAGGUUGCUGCUCUGAUUUUGUAGCAGGAAGUCAGACACUAGGAAGCACUGUAGGAAUUUGAAGGGAAACGUCGACCUUGAAGAUGGUGAGUAGCCAGCCAAAGUACGAUCUAAUACGGGAGGUAGGCCGAGGUAGUUACGGUGUUGUGUAUGAAGCAGUCAUCAGAAAGACCUCUGCCCGGGUGGCAGUAAAGAAAAUCCGAUGCCACGCCCCUGAAAACGUUGAACUGGCCCUUCGAGAGUUCUGGGCACUAAGUAGUAUCAAGAGCCAGCAUCCAAACGUGAUUCACUUGGAGGAGUGCGUCCUGCAGAAAGACGGAAUGGUACAAAAGAUGUCCCAUGGCUCUAAUUCUUCCCUUUACUUACAGCUUGUAGAGACUUCAUUAAAAGGAGAAAUUGCCUUUGAUCCCAGAAGCGCCUAUUAUUUGUGGUUUGUGAUGGAUUUUUGUGAUGGAGGAGACAUGAACGAGUAUCUGUUGUCCAGGAAACCCAAUCGUAAAACUAACACUAGCUUCAUGCUUCAACUGAGCAGUGCUCUGGCUUUCUUGCAUAAAAACCAAAUCAUCCACCGAGACCUGAAGCCUGAUAACAUCCUGAUUUCCCAAAGCAGGUUGGAUACCAGUGACUUGGAACCUACACUGAAAGUGGCUGAUUUUGGCCUAAGUAAGGUUUGUUCAGCGUCUGGACAGAACCCAGAAGAACCUGUCAGCGUAAACAAGUGUUUCCUUUCCACAGCAUGUGGGACAGAUUUCUACAUGGCUCCAGAAGUAUGGGAAGGACACUACACAGCAAAAGCUGACAUCUUUGCUCUGGGGAUUAUCAUCUGGGCAAUGCUGGAAAGGAUCACAUUCAUAGACACAGAGACAAAGAAAGAACUCUUGGGGAGUUAUGUAAAACAAGGAACCGAAAUUGUGCCUGUUGGAGAGGCACUUCUGGAAAAUCCCAAAAUGGAACUUCUCAUUCCUGUGAAGAAAAAAACUAUGAAUGGGCGAAUGAAACAACUGAUUAAGGAAAUGCUGGCUGCAAACCCUCAGGAUCGUCCAGAUGCUUUUGAGCUAGAACUCAGAUUAGUACAGAUUGCAUUUAAAGAUAGUAGCUGGGAAACGUGACAUCGUAUUUGCAAAUGUCUUGGAUGAAAUGCUGCUUCUGAUUUAAGUGAUGCAACAUUAUAUGGCAACAAGAACACAAAAAGCUAAACUCCACCUUCUUAGGGUUUAGACUUUUUGUGAGGUAGUUUUUUGGGGUUUUUUUCCCCCCUCAUUUUCCUUAAUCCAAGCAGGCCAUCAGUGUGUUUUGAAUGUGUAUUACCAACGUGGAUGUCUCUCUCUUUUUUUUUUUUUAAUGACCAUUAGAAAUUUGGCAGGAAAAUUCUCUUAAGAGCCAAGAAGAGAAGAGUCCAGGUUUCUGGAACUAUGUCUCUUUUAAGUAUUUUAGACAUUCCUUGUCAGUAUUAGGCAUUUCCAUGGAAGAAGAGGUUUGCGUGCUGGUAAUGCAACCUUUGAAGCUUUGUAAAGGAAACAUAUAUGUAUAUAUUUAUGUAUAUGUGAGUAUGUGAAUGUGUGCAUUUUGCAUUCCAUAUGAAGAAAAUGCCACUUCAGUUUAAGUUAUUUGAUACAGGUUGGGGUUUGGGGGAUUUGCUGGUCUAAUCAGUGGUGAAAAAAAUAAACAAAGCUUCCUUCCCUGCCCUUCCUUCUAAGGAAAGCAUACUAAGGUUUUGGGUUUGGUUUGGUUUGUAAUACUAUAUAGUUUUCUUCAAAGACAUCAUUUUGGAGGGUCUAAAAUUACUGGUUAAACUUAAUUGAAGUUAAGCAAUUCAGAGCUGCCAGAUCAUGUUUGAGUUCUCCAGUGCCCUAUAGCGUUGAAUUAGUCAUGGGUUCAUAUGGUAGCAGGUUAGCAAGGGUGUUGAUGGUUCGUUCAUACCUUCUUUAGGUAACUGGAUGUUCAUUUAAUUAAACCACUGUGCUAGGACAUGUUUGUACUUGAACAUUUACAGUCUGAUAUAAAUCUGAACAUAAGAUUCUUCUGUUUCUGAAAACAUUGCUAUAAAUGAGCUAUAAUACUUGAUAUAUUAAUUUUUGGUUUUAGGGCUUUGUCUUAGCCCCAGCAUAAAGCAGAAGAAACCAAAUGAGCUCUACCUUCAUUGCCUACCUUGGUAUGGUCUUUCAGAUCCUAGAAUUCCUUUUGUUUUGGCACUGAUGAAUGCUCUUUUUCUGUCUCACUUGAGACAGUGAUAAUAGUUGUCUUAAAUACUGGUCACUUUUUUCUAAAGUUGAGAUGACACAUAUGCAGUUUAGCAAACGAUAAAAUACUGUGGCAUCAACUACUUUUUAAGUACACAAGUUACUGAUUCUAUAUAGUCACUUGCUAUGGUCUGUGUCAGAAACCAGGAGACCAUUAUUCCUCUUAAAAUUCAUUUUUACUGUAUGAUUGUCUCCAAUUUGUCUUCCUGUAAUUGCAGGUUAAAAAUCUAAGGAAAGAGUACUUUCCAAAACCAGAUUACUAGCCUGUAAUAGUAAACAGAUUUUACAUUGUAUUUGUUAAUCUUUAUAAAGCACUAUUUUUUUUUCUUCAGUGAUUGGGAUUUACCCAGAACUUUGCACAUGUGAGACAAAUACUCUUUUUUUUUUUUUUUUUUGGUCAGUCGUGGGGCUUGAACUCCGGGCCUGGGCACUAUCCCUGAGCUCUUCAGCUCAAGACAAAUAUUCUGUAACACUGAGCUAUAUACACCCCAGCCCACUAGGAUCUUCAUUAAAUAUUACAAUCUAAAAACCAAACCCAGUAGUAUUAGCAUACUGAAUAUUAUUGAUAGUUUGCAUAGUCUCCUUAGCUUUUUUGAAUUUCCAUAACUUUUAUGAUAUUACUAUCAUCAUCUCCCCCCAUUUAAAAAUGUGUUCAAAGAGCUGGAGAUGUAGCUCAGUUAUAGUGUGCUUGCUUAUCAUGCACAAAUUUUUGGUUUGAUCCCCAACACUGAAAAAAAAAAAAAGUGAAAUGGUGAGGUGAUAAUCAAAGGUAAAACAUCACAAAAAUCCAAGUAUGUACAUUUCUAAACUAUAUUAAUACAGAAAUUUUAAAUUUGGAUUAAGAUUUUAUUGAAUUUAAGCCUCUUACAAUACUUUCAAAGUAUUAAAGAUAAGAAUUCUGGACUUGUAGCUUAGCUCAAGUGGUAAGAGCUUGAAGCCUUGAGUUCAGUCCUCAGGACCACAAAAAAGAAAAACAAGUUUUUGGACAUUAGGGAUGGAAAUACACAGAAACUUCAGGUAAUUGACCCUCUGGGUCAUUUAGUUUAGCACAGAUCUGACCAAGGGUAUUUCAUUACUGGAAAUAAGAAAAAGUGUCAUUCUAAUGUCUUGUUAAUAAUGUGGCACUUGACCAGAUGGACUGAUAGGUGAAAGUAUGCCAGUGCUUAAUUUGCUCUUCAUAUAUCUUAUGUACUUGGAGUCACAGCUUUCCUUAAGUUUCUGAUAUUGCCUCCUUUAAAGGAAUGAGUAUAAUUUAUUUUUGUAUUGUUUGUGGUGCUGGGGAUCAAACCCAAGUCCUUUUAUAUGCUAUUCAAGCACAUUACACUGAGCUACAUUCCCAAGAUUGAUUAUUAAUUCAUUUUGAGAGCUUUUACCUGUGAAGUAAAAUUCUUUAAUUUUUCACAGGAAGUUUCUUCUAAAAUUGCCCCAAGUCUUUGUAUUCAGAAAUAGCCUAUAAUACCAAGCAAAAUGAUAUUAUUUAUGUAUCUUUGUUCUCUCAGUCAAAGGUAUUUUAUUAAGUACCUAGUGUGUGCUCAGCACUAAAGGUGAGUUGAUAAAAUGACACAACAAAAUGGCAUUUAGCCAUAUGCCUUUCCAUCAGGAGUAAGAAAUAAAAGAUGAUUAGCAAUAUUUGGAAAUUUUCAGAUAUUUGCUAGAGGAAAAAUGUAGUCAAGAA